AUGUUGCCAAAUGGUAAAGAACUUAUUUGUGACAUAGCUGGAGAUAUGAUUCACCCAUAUGUAUCUCAACAACUACAACAAAUGUCUGAUGACUGGGUUUCGAAGCUUCCUCUGGUCCUGUUAGGGCGUCGCUCCCACAUAAUCCCCCAAGUCAAUACCUCACCAGUGGAAAUGGCUUAUGGUUUAGCAGUUAGCUUACCAGGAGCAUUUCUGAAUGAACAGAAAUUAGUAACUGACACACCAACCUUCAUCUUCAAAUUGAAGGAACAAAUGAGGAGUCUAAGACCAGUUCCAACAGAACAUCAUGACCACAAGAUCUUUAUUCACCAACAACUGAUGACAAGCGAGUUCAUCUUCAUUCAACAUGAUGCUGUCCGAACACCACUUCAGCCAACAUAUGAUGGGCCAUAUCUAGUCUUGUCUUGCAAUGACAAGCACUUCAAGGUGGAAAUGCCAACAGGAAAACAAACCAUUAGCAUUGACCGAUUGAAACCGGCCUUCCUUCUGACAGGCUAUUCAACAUGGAAGACACAGCAGGAAACACCAUUUUGGAUAUUCCAUCACAUUUCAUUUCAAAGACUGUCAACCUUCAGAAGACAAUAG